GAGCCGAACCAAGCUUGGGAACCGGUUUGCGCCAAACGCCGGUGACACCGUCUCGCCAGUGGCAGCAGCUGCGCGGCGGCUAGGAGGAUGGGGCUCCGCGGAGGAGGCGGAUCUUCAGCUCUCCUCUGACCGGGGGGGCGCGUCAACUCUACCCCUCCAGGCAGAGACCAUCUGAGACUCGGGGCUGGGGGAGCUGGGCGGGGGGCUCUCCCUCAAAACAGAGCUGGGGUGAAGAAGAUCGCCGCUGGGAACCAGGCUUAACACCUGGUCAAAAGAAGCCCCCCCAUCUAUUUCUGAGCAGAAGGAAAGGAAGAUAAGUAUCUGCUGCACCCCCCCCUCUCUCUGCACCCCGAAAGCUGCUGCAGGGAACAAAAACAGGCACCUGUUUUAUGCUGCGUCCUUCUCAGCCUCUUUGCUUUUUAAAGAAAUGGACUUUGGAAUGCCAGUCCUCCAUGCCACCCAAUUUUUCCUUUCUGCCUGAAAACUGACGUGGGGAAGAAAGAAAAAACCUCCACUCAUCUUUUCUUGCUUGAAACUGACUGGAUCAGGGGCGGGGGGGAAACCUGGCUGCUUCCCUGCCCAGGGUGGGGGGCAUCUUGGCCAUCCUCCUGCCUGUUUUUCUUCUGCCCGCUUCCUCGCUUGGCACCAUCCCGUAGCGAAGCCUGGCCAAAGGCUGGACUGGAGAUGCGGUUCGGGCACUUGGAAGGAAGAGGCUGAGGAACGAGGGAGUGGGAGCUACUCCUGAAGAGGCGAGAAGGAGAGCCUGCCGGCUGCCCAUGCCCAGCCUGGUAGCAUCAUGGCACGGCCUGGUCCAGGGGCACUAUUCUUUGCCAACGGAUUGGGCUUCCCUCCCAGCAACGUGGCCCGAGUCGUGGUGUGGGAAUGGCUGAACGAGCACAGCCGGUGGCGACCUUACACGGCAGCCGUCUGCCACCACAUCGAGAACAUCUUAAAAGAAGAUGCUCGGGGCAGUGUGGUCCUCGGGCAAGUCGAUGCCCAGCUGUCGCCCUACAUUAUCGAUUUGCAGUCCAUGCAUCAAUUCCGGCAGGAUACGGGGACCAUGCGCCCGGUGCGGAGAAAUUUUUACGACCCCUCUUCCGCUCCUGGCAAAGGGGUGGUGUGGGAGUGGGAGAACGACAACAACUCCUGGACGCCUUACGACAUGGACAUCUGCAUCACCAUCCAGAACGCCUACGAGAAGCAGCAUCCGUGGUUGGACCUCUCCUCCUUGGGCUUCUGCUACUUGAUCUACUUCAACAGCAUGUCGCAAGUCAACCGCCAGACGCAGAGGAAGCGGCGUCUCCGGAGGCGCAUGGACUUAGCCUACCCGCUCAUCAUGGGCUCCAUCCCGAAGUCCCAAUCCUGGCCGGUGGGCACCAACUCUGGCCACCCUUGUUCGUGCCAGCAGUGCCUGCUGGUCAACAGCACCCGGGCCGCGUCCAAUGCCAUCUUGGCUUCCCAACGCCGGAAGGUCUACGCGGGGAACAGCAACGGGACCUUGGCCGUCCGCCAGAGCAAUACUUUCAACGGGACGGCCUUGUGGUCCUUGGGCACCAUACAAGGGGGAGGGAUGUCCAAGAUGGAGCAGUCCCGUUCUGCCAACGGGAUGCAAGCGACCGCCACCUUCUCCCGAAGCCAAAGCGCGCCCAACAAUACUCAAGUGCCGGGUCAAAAUAACCUGAACCGGCCUGGGACACAGCGGGCGGCCAUCUUAAACAGCAGAGCCUCCAUCCCACCUGGGUAA